CUGCCCACCGUGCUGGAAAUUCCCUCACAAUCACCCUCUGCUCUGCCCCUUGAGCGCCUAUAAAAAGACAGAUUGUCCUUGGGUGCAACAUCAGACAGAGAAGGAGCGUUCAAGAGUCCCUGGUCUGCUUCUGCUCCUGACGCUUAUCCUCACCCGACAGCAACAUGAAGGUCUCGGUGGCUGCCCUCGCUGUUCUCCUCAUCAUUGCCUUCUGCUCCCUGGCCUCCUCUGCCCCAAUUGGCUCCGAUCCCCCGACUGCCUGCUGCUUUACCUACGCAUCCCGGAAGAUCCCACGCGGCUUGGUGGUGGAUUAUUAUGACACGAACAGCAUGUGCUCCCAGACAGCCAUAGUAUUUAUCACCAAGAAGGGCCGUGAAGUCUGUGCUAACCCCAAAGAAGACUGGGUUCAGGAGUACGUGACCAAUUUGGAACUGAGCUAAGCAGAGCAGGGGACAGACCAGGGACCACGCCUUGCCCAGCAAUGAAAGUGUUAAUGAUCAAAGGGCACCCUUCCUGCUGGUGCAUCUAGUGUUAUUGCCACUUGCUGACUUAGUGGAAAUAACCUGAAGUAUAUAAAUGUAUUUAAAAUAUUAUUUCAAUCUAUUUAAGGAAUUUAAUUUGCACUGAAACCUGAGCUAAAUAGUGUACUAUUUAUAGAUUAGUACAUGUGGGUUUGGGGGCAGGUCACAUGACAUGGCUCCAUUCACAACUCAAAUGUGAAGAUUAUUUAAUAUAUUUUAUAUCACACAGAACAUUUCCUGUCAUAUUGAGCUAUAUGAUUUGAUGGAAUGUUGAACAUAGAUUAUGAAGAAUAAAUAUUUUUAUAUGAA